AUGUGGUUUCUUCACCCGGAUUGCAUGAGGAGGGUUCAUGAUAUUUGUAAUGCUCCUUUAGUGGAGUCUCUGGCUUAUGUUUUUCCACAGAAGUUGAAGCGUCUCAAGGCUGACAUGAAGAUUUGGAACCAACUGGUUUUUGGUAAUGUAUAUGUGCGGUUGAAACAAGCACAACUUAGGCUGGAAAGUGCUUUACGUGUGGCGGAUGAGGAUCCGUCAGAUUUGCAUAAGCACAAUUUAAUGAAGGAGGCGACAGUUGAGGUUAGUGAUGUUCGAAUGCAGUUGGAAACUAUGUUAAAACAAAAGUCUAGAAACAAAUGGUUAGUGGACGAAGAUAGCAACACUAGUUUCUUUCAUAAUACUAUUAGAAUAAGAAUGAGUAGCAAUACUAUCUCAGAAUUGAUUGAUGAUAACGGGGACACUAUUACUGAUUGUGACCAAAUUAAAGAUCUUGCUGUGAACUAUUUUGAGAAUAAUGGUGAUGCUUCUGUCCCGGUCAAUUCUCUUUUUGAUAUUGAUCAUCCGAUCAUUUCGGUGGAGGAAAGUAAUCACAUGGAUCAUCUACCAUCUAUUGAAGAGAUUCAUGAGGUUGUUUUCAAUUUGGGAGCGGAUAGUGCUCCAGGUCCGGAUGGCUUUACGGGUUUUUUCUACAGACACUGCUGGGAAAUUAUUCGUGAAGAUUUGGUGAGCGCUAGUAUUUUUUGCUGGUUUAAUAAAUUUGUUCUGCAUGGAGUUAACUCGAGUUUGUUAUUACUUUUUCCUAAGGAAAGAGCUGCUAAUACUCUUAGAAACUUCAGAUCAAUUUGGCUUAGUAAUUUUUUCUUUAAGAUUUUUACUAAGAUCCUUGCUGCUCGUUUGGGGAGUGUGUUGGGUAAUUUGGUUUCAGAGGAGCAAGUUGCUUUUAUGAAGGGUAAAAAUAUCCAUGAAAAUAUUAGCUUUGCUUUGGAGAUGGUUAAUGAACUGCAAAUUAAGCGCAAAGAUGGUAAUGUGGGUUUAAAACUUGAUAUUACUCAAGAUUUUGACACGGUUAGCUGA